UUGUCUACUCUGUCUGUGUCUCAUCUGGUCUUGCCACACGCAGAGGUGCACACACACGAGCUGUUCGCACAAGCCAUGUCCGAAAGGGUCGAGAUAACUAUUCCUCGAGCCGACGAUUUCCAUCACCACUUUCGCGAUGGCGAGGUCCUUGCGGAUACCGUGAAACACGCCACACGGAUGUUUCGACGAGCGAUUGCCAUGCCGAACCUGAAGCCACCGGUGACAACAACAGACGAGGCAUUGGCGUACCGCCAACGCAUCCUUGCAUGUGUACCGGACGGAGUGGACUUCACGCCUUUGAUGACGCUGUAUAUGACAGACAAGUCUACCCCGGAAGAGAUUCUGAAGGCCAAAGCGAGUGGCCACGUGUAUGCUGUCAAGCUCUACCCAGCAGGAGCAACCACAAACUCCGACUCAGGCGUGACGGAUUUGGCCAACGUAGCCCCGGCAAUGGAGGCCAUGGCGGAGGUGGGGAUGCCGCUGUUGAUCCACGGGGAGGUGACCACGGCAGGAGUGGACAUCUUCGAUAAAGAAGCCAGAUUUAUCGAGGAAGUGAUAAAGCCGUUAGUACAGAAGAUGCCAAACCUGAAAGUGGUUAUGGAGCAUAUCACCACAUCGGAGGCCGUUGCUUUCGUCACGGCUGCACCGGCGAACGUAGCAGCUACCAUAACGCCGCAGCACCUACUCUACAACCGCAACGCCAUUUUCCAGGGAGGUAUCCGACCACACAUGUACUGCCUGCCCGUCCUAAAGCGCGAGACGCACCGGCUUGACCUCGUAAAAGCGGCCACCAGCGGAAACCCCAAGUUCUUUCUUGGGACGGACACGGCGCCGCACGCUCGAGAAGCCAAAAUUUCUCCUUGCGGCUGCGCUGGUAUCUUCACGGGCCAUGCGGCUCUCGAGCUGUACUGCGAAGUGUUCGAGGGCGAAGGGGCUCUAGACAGGUUUGCUGGUUUCAGCAGUCACCACGGGGCAGAUUUUUACGGCAUCCCCCGAAACGAAGGGGCCCUAACCCUCGUCAAAGAGAAAUGGACGGUUCCGGGAUCGUACAAGUUUGGCCAGACGGAAGUGGUACCGCUGAGAGCCGGGGAGGACGUGUGCUGGCAGAUGGUCGGAGAGGGCAAGCGUCCCAAAGCGGCGGUAGUGUGA